AUGACGGAAUGUUUUUCAGCUCGUUGCCAACAAGAUCGAAAAAUAGUUCGACGAGAAUUUAAUAAAUGGACAAAAAAUUUAUUAUUUCAAAUUGGUUUAGAAACAAUAACAAAAAAUCAUUUCGGCUUUGACGUUAAUAUAUUCAAUCAAGCAACUGACGAACGAAUACCAAUUGAUUUUAAUCCUGAACAAGAAUGUUUAUUUUGUGUCAAUAGACAUGAAUAUUUAGGCAAGAAAAAGUCGAAAAAUCAAAUUAACGAAUAUCAUCAUUCAUUAUCUGAAACAGCUAUUGAUGACGAUGAAAAUGCACCAUUAGAUUUAAGUUUAAAAACAACGACAAAUAAUUCACCGUUAAUAUCAUCAAAUACUCGAACAAAUGUCAAACAUCGUCCAUUGUUUGACAUUAAGUCAGAUAUACCAACAAUCUAUGGUCAGGAAGAAUUUGAUCGUUUUAUGUCUGACAUGAUUGCUAGUCAACUUGAUUUUUCAUCUCAACCCUAUUUAAAUAUGAAUCUCUUUCCGACAUCACCAACUACUCCUAUGCAUUAUUCUCAAACAAAUAAAAAAGCAUCGUCUUCUUUGCAAGAUACGCGCAUUGCUCAGUUAGCCAAGCAAAUGGCAUACGAACGAAUGUUACAAGAAAUCGAUUAUCAACGUCAUCCAUCAACUAAUAAAAAAUCCAAACUUUCAAAUAGUCCUUCAUCGUCGAUUCUCACAGAAUCGAUUCAUGUCAAUCACAUACUGAACGAUGUUAUGAUGCGUAUAUUACAUGAAAUGUAUGAAAAAGAACAGCAAACAACAUCACCCGUAUCACAGCCAAGAGCAUCAUGCAAAGGAGAAUUAUUAUUUGUUAAAAAACAAAAUGUUAAUAAUGAUGAACAAUAUAAUACAAACAUUUUUAAUCAUUUCAAUACAACUAAACAGCCAAAGCAAAAUAAUAAAGUAAAUCCUUCAUCCUCAAGUUCGUCAUCAUCAUCAAGCGUAUCAUCAACGCGUUCAUCAUCUAUUCAUAUUAAAAAUAGACAUAAAAUUAAAUUAAAUUCAACAACAAAUCAUAUACCUAAAGGUCGAUCCAUUGAGGCAAUCAACAAUAAUAAUAAGAUUUCGAUUGGUGUCGAUGGUAAACAAAUCCGUCCAAAACGUGGUCAAUAUCGUCGUUAUGAAUCUGAACAACUGGCUAAGGCAGUAGCGGCUGUUUUAAGUAAUGAAAUGUCCGUACAUAAAGCCGGUUCUUUUUUUGGUGUACCGCAUUCAACAUUGGAAUAUAAAGUCAAAGAGCGCAAUAUCAAAGUAUCAUCUUCAAUGAAAACAAAAAAUGAAUCUUCAUCAUCAUUAUCUAUGAAUGAUAACGAUCAUAAUAAUUCCUUUCAUGGUGAAAAUCAUGAUGAAGAUGGUGAUAAAUCGUCGAAGGAACUUGCUACUUACCUUCCUACAUCGAACAGUAGUACCAAUAAUGACCAUUUAGACACUAUCGACGAUGAGAAUGAAUCAAACGAUGACGAUGAUCUUGACGAACAAAUCAAUUGA